UGAAUUUUAACACUAUAAUCAAUAAUAAAUAAUAAUAUUAGAAAUGGCUGAAUCACAUAGAUUAUACGUUAAAGGUAAACACGUAUCUUACCAAAGAAGCAAAAGUGUUACCAACCCAAACGUUUCUUUGAUCAAAAUUGAGGGUGUUUCCAAACCAGAAGAUGCUAAAUUCUACUUAGGCAAACGUGUUGCUUAUGUCUAUAAAGCCUCUAAAGAAAUCAGAGGAACCAAAAUCAGAGUUAUUUGGGGUAAAAUCACCAGAACUCAUGGUAAUUCAGGUGCUGUUCGUGCUACUUUCAAAUCAAACUUGCCAGCUAAGACUUUUGGUGCCACUGUUAGAAUCAUGCUUUACCCAUCUAAUAUUUAAGUUAUGUUAUAAUAGAUCAAUAAUAAAUGUAUAAUUAUAAUAUAUCUUUGGAUUUUUAUAUCUUUUCCUUCACUAAUGAAUUGAAUUGAGUUAAAUCUGCUGUAUUUCCACUUUAAAAUCCGU